AUGAUAUGUGUUAGAGAACAAUUCCGACAAUAUAGGUGUCAAUCAGAAGAAACAAUUAAACAGUUACGAGAAGAGUUGAAGAAACUUCGGGAAAAACAACAAUUUGCUACACCUGGUUAUGAGAGGGUUCGUUGUGGAGGUCGUCCUUGCAUCAAGUGCAGUAAGUGCCGUGACUGGUAUUUUACUGGGAAUGCAGAAACUUGGAAAUGGAUCCGAUAUUGUGAAAAUUGGACAAAAGAAGAUUACAAUCGUUGGCACGGUGAUCGUGUUUAUGAUCGCUUCAAGCGUCGCGAUGAUGGUGGAACAUGUCAUACUGCUGCUACUGCUGGUUUUACUGCUAAUCAUGGUGUUACUACUGUUUGUUUAUGCGAAAAUAACAUUAUUGCUUGA